CCCUCGCUGGUUUCCAUAGUCAUUGGGAAAACAUGGUUUCACACAGUAGCAAGGUAUUUCUGUCCCUAGGUCGAAUAAAUGUUCCUUCUCUUGGAUUUCAGAAGUCAGUGAGCAGAGUCACAUACGCGACAGCUUUGUCUAUAAAUUCCCCUACUGGAAAUAAAGGCUUUCCUGAUAGAGGUGGUAGAGGAUCCUUUGUCAGAAAACCUCGGAGAGAUGCAGGGGAGCCCAGGACGGAAAAGAUGCCUGUGGAUCAGGACUGGACUGCAGUUUAUCCUGCAGCAGCCCCCUUCAGACCGGGCUCUAUCCCACUUCCUGUGAGGAUGGGCUACCCUGUGAAUGGAGGUAUUCCUCCAGAGAAGAAGGGCAACUUGGAGCUGAUCAAGAUACCAAAUUUCCUGCAUUUGACACCGGCAGCCAUCAAGAAGCACUGUGCAGCUCUAAAACCAUUCUGUACAGAGUGGCCCUCUGCCUUGAACACUGAUGCCAAAUGUGACGAGCACUUCCCCAUCAAAGUAGAAAGCACAGACUUCGUGUCUGCCGGCCCAUCUGUCAGAAACCCUUCAUCGCGUAUUGUUCAUCUCAAAUUAAAGCUGUCUAGUUUGAAUCUGGAUGACCAUGCACGCAAGAAAAUGCUCAAACUUGUUGGGGAGAGAUACUGCAAAGAUACUGAUAUCCUCACCAUCAUAACUGACAGCUGCCCAUUGAGACAGCAGAAUCAUGACUAUGCCAUAUACCUGCUAACUGUCCUUUACCACGAGUCUUGGAAAACAGAGGCCUGGGAGGCUGAGAAGACCGUGGCAGACAUGGAGGAGUAUAGCUGGGAGGACAGCCCGUCCCAAAGGAAUAUUUUGGAUGUGCUAGUACGCAUGAAAGUGGCCGGGGGAGGAGAGGGCGAGGAAGUGCACGAGCAGCUGCUUGGAAGACGAGAGGUGCAGGAGUAUAAGGACUCUGUCACAAGGCUGAAGAAUGAAGGGGAGAGCGAGAGCACCAUGCUGCAAUACAAAGAGGCGGUCAAGAAAGUACUCAACCUGUAAUACAGCUUAAUGUACACAUGUAUUUACAUGAAGAUGGUGACCAAGAGCAGCAAUGACCUGUAAUAGGGUCCACAAAAAUAUUUUUAAAUACUCCAUCUGCGUACUAGUAACACAAACAAGAGAUUACUCUAGAGUCUAAACAAUUACUGUUCAAAUAUACAUCAGUUUAUACAACAUCAAGGGUCUGUACUUAUGUAUUUAUUUUCCAAAAGAAAUUUACUGUCUUAUGUGUAUGAUGCUGUCUUUAAUAGAAAAUUAAAAGUCUAAUGCAA